AUGAAUUCGAACUCAAACCAUACUGAUGUUGAUGACUUAAAGAACAUCGUCGCUGAAACUUCUAUUCGAUGGGAGACCGAUCGACAAAACUGGCUUCGAUCUAAACCCUCAUUCACUUCAUCAGGAUCUGAUCAGAUUCGUGGACCUUCAUCAUCGAAUUCAGUCAUAAUAGAAAGGGAUCAACAGGUAGCAGAAAAGUUCAAUGUAGCAUUUGAAAGAAUAGUAAACUCUUAUGAUGUUCAAGCUAAAUUGAAUCAUAGUAAUGAUAUUCCUAAACAAAUACUUCUAAGAACAGCAGAUCAACUAAAAGACCCCGAUCGACGCUUUAUCACCCCUCUGCCACUUAAACAUGCAGUUGCAGUACUCUAUCGAUCCUGGUUUCACGAUGGCACAAUACCAGAAGGAUAUCCAUUUGGGCCUUGUCAAUCUUCUUCAAGUGAAGAAGAUAUUCAAGAUGAUAAUGAAGAUAAAGAUCCAAAAUGGACUUCAACUUCAGAACCUUUAUCAACACCACUCACAUCUCAGGUACAAGUUCAACCAACAUCAACAUCAAAAACUUCUGAAACCGAACCACAAUAUAUGAAUACCUUAAAUUCUUCGUUAUCCUUUUCUUCUUCUUUUUUCAAUGUACCAAAACCAAUUCCUUCUAUGAAUGAUGUCAAACUUACCAAAAUAUAUUUGACUAGAGUUUGA